AUGCCUUUAAGCAGUUCAUUUUCUCUUUUAUUUUGGCGAGUAAGAUUGUCUGCUUUUGAUGUAAUCUCAGCAAUUAGUGCAUUCAGAUCAAAUUCCGCUGAGCAUAAUGAAUUUCUCAGAUUGCUUCGUGAGAUCAAUGAAGAGCUUGCCGAUAGCCAUUCAGUCUUCAGCACAUUCACACCCAACAAACGUCAUGCUCCUCGACCCGAAAAUCUACGGUGGUACGAAAACACCUACUCUGGGCCCAAGAAAACGCUUUCUACCGAACUACCAUCUUCAAGACCUGCCUCGCCGAACGAGGGCAAAGAACCGCAGGACAGAACAACUGAAUCUCAUGAAAAUGAUGUUCGAUCUUAUAAGUAUCUACAGAAAUUAUCUGAGGGUUUGACAUCUUGGGGUUAUCCACACUCAGCUACACCAUCCAUCGAUUCUGAUGACCCUGAAUCCGCUCGCCAUCUGAGGUUAUCUACCCUUAGCGUCUCAACUUUUACCUCUAACCAGUCUGGUGAUUUUGUCACCCGAUUUCCUUCUGGCCCUUUUUCUUCAUUUUACACAAUUCUUGUACUAGCUCCAGAUAAGUCCUAUAUCGACAGGGAGUCAAAAUUCAUCUUGACAUCCGAUACAGCGGUUCAAGUGGAGCUGGAAUGCAUUGAACUAGCGCUUUCUGAUGUUAUUAAGAGAUGGAGGGGGCUAGAUGAUCCUUUCCGCGAACUUUUGGAAGGAAAUUUCUUAGACAUUGAGCAAUAUUCCAGUCUACUUUUUGACGACGAAAAAUUCACGCGUUCCCGAAAGUAUUUCUGGGCUAUUGGCUUACUGACAGAAAUUGAUAAUAUCUUAUCUGAUAACAUCAAGCAAUGGGGCUUAUACUAUCAAGGGCGCCUACAACCAUUACUGGAUGACAGAGAUAUAAUACACCGAUUUGAUUCCGGAUGUCUGUAUCCACCAGCAGUCUGGGAAACAAACAGAGGUGACAAUAUGCUCAAGCAGCUCAAGAAAACAAUCCAACAAGUGCAAACACAUAUAAACACACUCAAAGAACUACGCAAUGAUUUCAGUAGAAAGUUGGAAACCACAAAGGCUUUGAGAGAUGGGCUAUUUAAUGCCAUUGCAUUGAUUGAGAGCAGGGCGUCUACGAGGCUGGGAGAAAACGUCAAACUUUUGACGUAUGUCAGCAUAUUUUAUUUGCCUCUCGCUUUCUGUGCGGUGCUCUGGGCUAUUCCAAACAUUCAGGAAAUCUCUACGAAAGUGCCAUUCAUCAUCACAGCGUUCAUCGUGGGCGCAAUAACUUAUGCAAUUGUCCUUAACAUAGAAUUCAUAUCGCAAAAGAUUGACGCCAAUUAUAACCCCCAUCGACAGAGAUUGGUCGACCAUAUGCAGAAAGAUAGUAGUGUAUGGUCGCAAGAAACCGGAAAGAGAUUCGAAGUGUUCAAACCAACAAGCGAAAACAAUCCAAUCUUCCCAGAAAUCACGAGGAUCAGCAAGACUCUAGCAGCCGCUCUGCCUGAAAGCGUUAUUCUACCACAAAGUAUCACUACUUUUAACAAGGCAGUGAAUGGCUACUGGGCAAAGCAAGAAUGUGAAGUAAAUCCAUCAUGUAUUGUUCGUCCCCGCAAUGAUGAGGAACUUUGUACAGCCGUCACUAUAAUUAAACGCGAGUAUGAUGAACGGAUGAAGAAAAAGGUUAGUGGAGAGCAUAAAUCCGAGGGAUUGUUCGCUGUCCGUAGUGGCGGCCAUUCUUGUGUUGCUGGGGCUGCGAGUAUUGAAGGAGGUGUUCUUAUUGAUCUUAGUUGUUUUAACGAGGUCAUACCUUCUGAGGGAAAUGAUGAAGCGAGCGUGAUUAUUGGAGCAGGAUGUAGGUGGAUGGAUGUUUCAAAAGUUUUGGAUGAGAUGGGGGUUGCUGUUGUUGGUGGAAGGAAUUCUGCCGUGGGAGUUGGCGGGCUGACUUUGGGUGGCGGCCUCUCAUUCUUCUGUCCUCAAUUUGGUUUAGUAUGUUCCAACAUAAUCAGCUACGAUAUCGUCCUCGCAUCAGGAACCCUUACCACAGCCUCGGCAACCCAGAAUCCCGAUCUCUGGUGUGCCCUCAAAGGAGGUUCUAACAAUUUCGGCAUCGUUACUCGCUUUAAGGCCCGUAGUUUUCCCAGUACCAAAAUAUGGAGCGGCUUUCUUUACAUGCCUAGUUCUCAAACGAGCAAAGUCAUCUCUGCCUUUCAUGAGGUUGUGAAUCGAGUUGAUUGGGAUCAUCAUGCUGCUGGUCCUUUGGCAUGUUUUACAUAUAUACAGCCAUUAGGCAUUCAAGCUAUAUCCGUGAAUCUAGUAUACACGAAGCCUUCCGAGAAUAGAUGGCCAGAAUAUUGGAAAAUAUCACCUUUUUCAUCGAUGAGGCGUUUUUGGAGCACGUGCAAACUGCGCACAUUGACAAGUACGACCGAUGAAAUGAAUGCUUUGAAUCCACCUGGGAAACGCCAGGUACUCGCUACGACAACUAUCAAGAAUGAAUUCGCUACACUCACUGCUACACACGCUGUGUAUCAGGACGCCAUUUCUUCACUGCGGGGUGUGAAAGGCUUAGUCUGGACGCUGGUUAUGCAACCAUUAUUACCGGAUUGGGUGCGCAAGGGUUGUGCGAACCCACUGGGACUACAUAAUACCAAUGAACCACUCGUGAUCGUAAGUUUUACUGUAAACUGGCCCAACAAUCGACAUGACGAAGUGGUGAAGAAAACUACACGGCGUGCAAUCGAAGAGAUUGAACAUAUUGCAAAGAAGAAUGGAACCGGUCAUAAGUGGAAAUAUCUAAAUUACUGUGCGGAGUGGCAGAGACCAUUUGAUGGAUAUGGAGAGGAGAAUGUAAAUUUUUUGAGGGAUGUUAGUCGAGCAUAUGAUAGUGAGGGGUUGUUUCAGAGGGGUUGUGUGGGAGGAUUUAAGCUUAGACUUCCUGUUGAUGGUGAGAUUAAGAGAUGA